CAUUCCUGUUCCAAGAAACCAGCCCAUGCCAUCCAACUGGUACACACAGAUGAAUCUGGACAACUACAACUAAAUGAAUCUGCCGUACAGACCUGUUUUCUGGAUGGAAAGAUAUCAAAUUACCCCGUGUGCCUAAUAUGUGUGAUCGGAGAGAAACGCCGGGGCAAAUCCUUCCUUAUGAACUAUAUACUCAGGGCUCUCUCCUGCCAGGAACAGGGCCAACCACUCAGUCUGGGAGCAGACGAUGAUCGUAUUAGUGGGUUUGAGUGGAGAGAUGGAGCAGACAGUACAACGAAAGGUAUUUGGAUCUGGAGCAAACCCUUCAUUCUAGACAACAAUGGAGAAAAGAUGGCUGUGUUUGUGUUGGACACAGAGGGCUCCCUGGAUAUUCAGAGUUCAAGAGACAUUUGCCUUAAGCUGUCUGCAUUAUCCAUGAUCCUCAGCUCCUACCUGAUCUUCAACGUGAGCUCAAAUUUGAAAACAACAGAUAUGGACUAUCUUGAGAUGUAUCUUGAAGUUGCUGAAAAUGUUGGAAAAUCGUUUGAUCUGCAGGCCUUACAGCACCUCAAUAUCCUUAUACGUGACUGGCAUAAUUUUAAGAGAUGUGGAAAAGAAGACGCUCAGGAAUAUCUAAUUCAUGAGACUGAGAAGCUGCAAAAGGAUCCUCGGUUCAGAUUGGUGUCAGAGACCCUAGGAGGUCCAUUAGCAGAUUGCUCACUCCUGCCCCACCCAGGGAGACUUCUGCUGGUUGACAGUCAAGGGAAAUUAUCAGAUAUGGAAGCAGACUUUAGGAAUCAUCUAACAACCUACAUAUUCACUCUGGUGGGAGACCUUUGGCCCUAUAGAAAAACCAACAGACAAGGGGAAAUAGUGACGUGCACUGAGCUGGCAAGUCUACUAAAGAGAGGUGUGAACAUUUUGCAGAGUAUACAGUACCAAUUGGCCUCCCCAUUACAGAUGCUUUUUACCUUUGAAAAUCACAAGAACAUGGAAAAAUUGAAAACGCAAUUCCAAAAGUAUAUACGCAGAAUGUCAAACGAAGCAGAUUCUCUGAGGAGGGGAUGGAAUGUGAGUCCAUUUCAAAUGCAGACCAGUAUCAAGUAUAUGGCAACCAAAUUCCUGCGUGACUUCAAACAAUCACUUCAAGGGGGCGAUGCCCAAGAAAAGGAGAGGCUUGUGCAGGAACUGGAAUCCUUUUUGUUAAAGCAACAGCAAAAGUUCUGUAAAGACUAUUCCAAGUCAAAAGAAGUAGAAUCUCUGAUCUUGGAACAAUGUUUGAGUCCAUCAAAAAUGGAGACCAGCAUCAACAAUAUGGCAAACAAAUUCCUUUGUGACUUUCAACAAUCACUUCAAGGGGAUGAUACCCAAGGAAAGAAAUGGCUUGAAAAUGAUCUGGAAUGUAAUUUGUUAAAACAGCAGCAACAGUUCUGUAAAGACUAUUCUAAGAGGUUUUUUGGAUUCCAGAAUCACAAGAGGAUGGAGAAUAUUAAGGAGAAGUUUCAGACUCAAUUAACCCUAAAAUCAAAAGAAGUAGAAUCUCUGAUCAUGGAACAAUGUUUGAGUCCAUCAAUAAUGGACUCCAGCAUCAAAGAUAUGGCAAACAAAUUCCUUUGUGACUUUAAACAAUCAAUUCAAGGGGAUGAUACGCAGAGGCUUGGAAAUGAACUGGAAACCAAUUUGUUAGAACAGCAGCAAAAGUUCUGUAAAGACUACUCCAAGAGGUUUUAUGAAUUUCAGAAUCACAAGAAUAUGGAGAAUAUUCAAGAGCAGUUUCAGACUCAAUUAACUCUAAAAUCAAAAGACGUAGAAUCUCUGAUCACAGAACACAGUUUGAGCCCAUCAAUAAUGGACUCCAGCAUCAAAGAUAUGGCAAACAAAUUCCUUUGUGACUUUAAACAAUCACUUCAAGGGGAUGAUACCCAAGGAAAGAAAGGGCUUGGACAUGAACUGGAAACCAAUUUGUUAGAACAGCAGCAAAAGUUCUGUAAAGACUACUCCAAGAGGUUCUAUCGAUUUCAGAAUCACCAGAGUAUGAAGAAUAUUAAAGAGACGUUUCACACUCAAAUAACCCAAAAAUCAAAAGAAGUAGAAUCUCUGAUCACGGAACAAAGUUUGAGUCCAUCAAGAAUGGAGGCCAGCAUCAAAGAUAUGUCCAACAAAUUCCUUUGUGACUUUAAACAAUCGCUUCAAGGUCAUGAUAGCCAGGGAAAGAAAUGGCUUAAAAACAAACUGGCAUUUUAUUUGUUAAAACAGCAGCAAAAGUUCUGUACAGACUACUCCCAGAAGUUCUAUGAAUUUCAUAAUCAAAAGAGGAUGGAGGCUACUAAACAGUUACAGACUGAAAUAAAAAUAAAGGAAUACGAAAAGUUCUCUCUCGUCAGGCAGGAUCGGCACCCUUUAAGAAUACAGAAGGAGUUGCGCAAUGAAGUUAACAAGUUGCUGGAUAAUUAUGAAGGAUCCCUUAAAGGCAUUGAUGACAAACAGGAGCUUCUCCGUGAAAUGGAAUCAGAUCUUUCGCAAGAGAUAGAAAAAUUCUGUAACAUGUAUAAGAAGAUAUUUGAUGCUUGGAAAAGGAUGGAAGAUACUAAGAAACAAUUAAAGAAACUUCUAAACCAAAUAAGAGAAGAGUCUUCAUCGUCUUUAUGGAACUUGAUGAAUACACCGUCUGUAAUGCAGUCCAAGAUUAAGGAACCUAUCAAUAAACACUUGGUUGACUUUAUAAAUUCACAUAAGGACAUGGAUAGUGAAGAUCAGAAGGCUCUUAUGGAGGAGCUCAUAUCAUAUUUGAUGGAGAUAGAGAAGGAGUUUCAUAAAGAGUACUCCAGCGACUACAGAAGUACAAUGGAAUGGAUUAAGAAUGUUGGAUCAGUUGGAUUAUGGGGUUUAUUUGCAUUCAAGUUUAUUCUUAAAAACAAAGCAGUUGCUGCAGCAGUAACUUCUGGUGGAGUGGUACUGCCAGGAGUCGUUGGAGUUGUUGUUGUAGCCGGUACCAUUUUAAUGUUGAGGCGCAUGUAUGAAAAUAAGAGCCCGCAGUAGUUGGGAAAAUAAAUGCAGGAACACUAAAGGCUCAACGGUGAAACAAUAAUCAUGAUUAAAGGACAAGUUGCAAAAACAUACCAGCAGGUUCCCCCACAAUUUCAUUGUAUAUGAGCCUAUGGGGAGGAGAUGCUGCUACUGCAUUUAGGGUCCAUGUGUCCAAAUGUGGGCAAUGCGGAGCUGUUUGUUUGUUGAGCAAUUAUUUGUCAGUUACUUCUUGACUGUAUUGUACCAUCAACCAAAGUCCUCCAAUGAGACUGCUUUAUGUUUCAGCAAAUAAAAACGAAUUGUUGAAGA